UCUGUCUGCGGGGGGAAGGAAAAAAAAAAGACCCAACUCCAAAACUUUAGGCACGGAUAGGCACUAACCGUUUUGGCAGGAGCCUCAACACACAUUUAUUAUUUUAUGUUCUGUUCCCAAAGCAAGAAGAAGAAGAAGAAGAAAAAGGAAAGAAAGCGAAGUCUUGUGUGUGUGUGCGCGCGCGCGUGUCAAACCUUUCAGAGUGGAAAUCUGUGCACCCACUGAAGAAGAGUUGUCUCUUUGGAGCGAACGAGCUGCUGCGAGGGGGAAAAAAACAACAACAACAAAAAACCUCCGCUUAUUUCACAAGCGAAAUAAAUCGAACAGGAUGUUUUGUGCCAUCUGGAGGACUUGAGUAUUGUGGGCUUUUUAUUUUUGUCUCCCCCUCACGAAAGACACGCUAACGUGACGCCACGCAUGCCACAACCAUCGAGUCAGCAGCAAACGGCUCUAAAGAUUCCACGAAAUCUAAGUCAAUGGUGGCUUAUUUUACGGCGGUUUUCCUGCGUGCGACGUGCGUCUCGUCGUCGGUAAUGUGCGCCGCGGCUGAGUGCUGCGCGUGAGGCUUCUUUUUAAGUUGUACAUUAAUUGAACCCGUUGCUGUUAAAAGCAGCUCAAACUUCACUUGUGGCCUGGACAGGAGUGUCGGAGCGAGGCUACGAAAGCUAGCUAGCUAGCUAGCUAGUUAGCUUAGCUGUAUGCUAGUUAGCUUCUUCUCGGAACAACAAGUCUGGUUUUGCUCCCCCCCUCCUCCCUCCCCUUUGGACUCAGACAAACUAAACCGGACCAGUUUAACCAUUAACGACACAAAAGGGGGAACUCGCGUCCCGUGUCGCGGUGUGCGUUUGUCCCUUUUCCCCCCCCAUGAGGUCUUUACUUUAGCAGCAGCGUUAGCUUGUGUUUGACUUAACACGUUGGACCUCUUCCUCCGCCCAUCUUCCGGGAUGUCUUUUAUUUAUUUGUGUUUACCUGUUCUCCCACGUCGUGGAACAAAACCAACUUCCUGAGGGGUAUUUCUCCUCCAGUCUGUCGUCCUCGCCCGAGGAUUAUUCUGCGUUUGACUCUGGCUUGUGGCGGACGGUGUUUUGUUGCGACUCAGCUAUGUGGCUCCGGACUUUGUGUUUUGUUGUGACCGCUGUCUGCUUCGUGGUGAGCUGUCAUCGAGCGAGCGGAGAGGUGUGUCCAAGCAAGGACAUCCGCAACAAUGUGACCAACCUACGCACGCUAGAGAACUGCUCGGUGAUCGAAGGCCACCUGAAGAUCUUACUCAUGUUCAGGACCAAGCCCGAGGAUUUCCGGGGCCUCAGUUUCCCUAAACUCACAGUGGUCACCGACUACCUGUUGCUCUUCAGAGUUUACGGCAUGGAGACCCUCAGCGAUCUCUUCCCCAACCUCACCGUCAUCAGGGGCAACAACCUGUUCUUCAACUACGCCCUGGUGAUGUUCGAGAUGCUCCAGCUGCGAGAGAUCGGCCUCCAUAGCUUGAUGAACAUCACCCGAGGGGCCGUGCGGAUCGAGAAGAACCCGGAUCUCUGCUAUCUCUCCACUCUGGACUGGUCCAAGAUCCUCGACACAGUGGAGGACAACUACAUCAUGGCUAACAAGAACGACCGCGAGUGCGGAGACGUGUGCCCCGGGGUGGCCAUCGGAAAGACCACCUGCCAGACCACCACCAUCAACGGACACUUCAGCGAGCGCUGCUGGACCCAGAACCACUGCCAGAGAAUGUGCCCCGUUCAAUGUAAACACCGAGCCUGCACCAAGGACGACCAGUGCUGCCACGACCAGUGCCUGGGCGGCUGCCUGAAGCCCCACUCGGCCGCCCACUGCGUGGCCUGCCGCGGCCUCCAGCACGGGGCCGGCUGCGUGGAGCGCUGCCCCGCCGACCACUUCACCUUCAGGGGCUGGCGCUGCGUCCCCUUCGCCUUCUGCCAGGACCUCCACGACAAGUGCAAGCGGGAGAAGGUGCACAGCAAGAGCCCCGACUGCCACGAGUACGUCAUCCACAACGGCGCCUGCGUCCCCGAGUGUCCCUCCGGCUACACCACCGUCAACUCCUCCGCGCUAAACUGCACUCCCUGUGCAGGGCUUUGUCCCAAAGUAUGUAUGGGUCUGAAAGUAGUGGACUCUGUCACGGCUGCCCAGGCUUUGAGAGGCUGCACCGUGCUCAAUGGGAGCCUGGUCAUCAACCUGCGUGGGGGAAACAACAUAGCAGCUGAACUGGAGGCCAGCCUGGGCCAGCUGGAGGAGAUCACUGGCUACCUGUCAGUGCGACGUUCCUACGCCCUUGUAUCCCUCUCUUUUUUCCGCAAACUCCGUGUUAUUCGUGGAGAGGAACAGGAAAUCGGGAAUUACUCAUUCUAUGCCCUGGACAACCAGAACCUGCGGCAGCUCUGGGAUUGGUCCAAACACAAGCUGACCAUCCUGCAGGGACGCAUGUUUUUCCACUACAACUCCAAACUCUGCAUGGCUGAGAUCAAAAAGAUGGAGAAGGUGACGGGGACCAAGGAUCGGCAUGUGAAGAACGACAUCGCCUCCAAGACCAACGGAGACCAGGCCUCAUGUGAAAACCAUGUGUUGAAGUUUACCCUGAUACGAACCUCGAGCGACAAAAUAAUGGUGAGGUGGCAACCCUUCUGGCCCCCAGACUUCAGAGAUCUGCUGGGCUUCAUGGUGCUCUACAAAGAAGCACCUUUUCAGAACGUAACCGAGUUUGACGGGCAGGACGCCUGCGGCUCCAACAGCUGGGUGAUUGCUGACGUGGACCCUCCGCAACGAGCCACAGAGGGGGACAAAGAGCAGUUUGAGCCGGGUCAUCUCAUCAUGCCACUGAAGCCGUGGACGCAGUACGCCAUAAUGGUGAAAACCCAGCUGUCGGCCUCUGACGAGCACCAGGUCAACGGAGCCAAGAGCGAGAUCAUCUAUGUUCGCACCAACUCCACCAAACCGUCCGUCCCGCUGGACCCCAUUUCCUCGUCCAACUCGUCCUCCCAGAUCAUCCUCAAGUGGAAACCUCCCAAUGAUCCCAACGGCAACAUCACUCACUACCUGGUCUUCUGCCAGCGGCAGCCAGAAGCCAGCGAGCUCUACAAGUUUGACUACUGUCAGAAGGGGAUGAAGUUGCCGUCGCGGGUCCCCACUCAGGUCGACAGUCACGAGGAGCAGAAGUGGAACCAGACGGAGGAGCAGGGCCAGGGGACACGGUGCUGCGGCUGCCCCAAAACCGAGAAGGAGCUCAAGAAGGAGAAAGAGGACUCGGACUACCGCAAAACCUUCGAGGACUACCUCCACAACGAAGUCUUUGAGAUCAAACGCACGAGGCAGCGGCGUUCGGCGGUGGGCGUGGCCAACUGGACACUCCCCUUCCUCACCACCGCCCCCAGCCCGCCGCACGGCACGGGCACGCCGGAGGACGAGGAGGCCUUUGAAAUCACCAAGACCACGGUCGACGUCAAAGCCCACGCCAAGGAGUCCACCGUCAUCUCCAACCUGCGCCACUUCACCAGCUACCAGAUUGAGGUGCACGCCUGCAACGACAGGGAGAACCCGCUCAGCUGCAGCAUGGCGGCGUACGUCAGCGCCCGCACAAUGCCCGAGGACAAAGCUGAUGACAUCAUCAGUCCCAUUAAGUACGAGGUGACAGAACAUGUAGUGCACAUAACGUGGCAAGAACCGGUGUCCCCAAAUGGUAUGAUCAUCCUGUACGAGGUCAACUACAAGAGACUAGGAGACACUGAGGAGCUCCACUACUGCGUGUCAAGGAACAUGUACAAAGUGGCCCGUGGCUGCAAGCUGAAAGUGAUGCACCCUGGGAACUACACGGUGAGGAUCCGGGCCACCUCGCUGGCCGGGAACGGAUCCUGGACCGAGCCCACUUACUUCUUUGUCCAGGACGCAAGCGAUUCUCUCUACGUCUUGAAGAUCGUCAUCGGACCCGUCAUCUGCUUUGUCUUGCUGCUGUUUGUGGCUGUGGCAGGAUUCGUCAUGUUCAAGAAGAAUCAAACUCAAGGGCCUAGUGGUCCAAUCUACGCCUCUUCAAACCCGGAGUAUCUCAGUGCUAACGAUGUGUACGAGGCGGACGAGUGGGAGGUUCCCAGAGACAAGAUCAACAUUUUGAGGGAACUGGGUCAGGGCUCUUUCGGCAUGGUCUACGAGGGCAUUGGCAAGGACAUCAUCAAGGGCGAGGGGGAUACCCACGUGGCGGUGAAGACGGUGAACGAGUCGGCCAGCCUGAGAGAGAGAAUUGAGUUCCUGAACGAGGCCUCGGUCAUGAAAGCCUUCACCUGCCACCAUGUGGUGCGUCUGCUGGGUGUCGUGUCUAAAGGCCAGCCCACCCUGGUCGUGAUGGAGCUGAUGACCAACGGAGACCUGAAGAGCUUCCUGCGUUCUCUGCGGCCGGACGCCGAGAACAACCCCGGGCGCCCGCCGCCCUCCCUGAAGGAGAUGAUCCAAAUGGCUGCGGAGAUCGCAGACGGCAUGGCUUACCUCAACGCCAAGAAGUUUGUCCACAGAGACCUGGCCGCCAGAAACUGCAUGGUAGCCCACGAUCUCACCGUGAAGAUCGGAGACUUCGGUAUGACCAGGGACAUUUACGAGACCGACUACUACAGGAAGGGAGGCAAGGGCCUGCUGCCCGUCAGGUGGAUGGCCCCCGAGUCCCUGAAGGACGGCGUCUUCACCGCAAAUUCAGACUGCUGGUCAUUUGGGGUUGUGCUGUGGGAAAUCAGCACCCUGGCCGAGCAGCCGUACCAGGGCCUGUCCAAUGAGCAGGUCCUCAAGUUUGUCAUGGACGGGGGCUACCUGGACCGGCCGGACAACUGUGCCGACAGAAUACACAACCUGAUGCAGAUGUGUUGGCAGUACAACCCCAAGAUGCGUCCUGCAUUCCAGGAGAUCAUCGAAAUGCUCCGCGAGGACCUGCAUCCUUGCUUCCGGGAAGUCUCCUUCUUCUACAGCGAGGAGAACAAGCCGCCGGAGACCGAGGACUUUGACCUGGACAUGGAAAACAUGGAGAGCAUCCCGCUGGACCCUUCGUCCUACUCCCAGAGGGAGCAGUGUUCGGACAGGGACGAGGGCCUGUCCAUGGGCCUGCGGGGCAGCUACGAGGAGCACCACAUCCCGUUCACACACAUGAACGGGGGAAAGACCAACGGACGAAUACUGGCCCUGCCGCGGUCCAGCCCGUCAUAACACACUGCACACAUCCCGUGCAAACGUGUCAUUGCUAUAUAGAGUUGAAUAUAUUUUUGUUUUUUUGCCGUCAUUAUAUAUAUAGAUCACACUUUCAGCACUCUCUCUCUCUCUACAGGAGCCGCUCGGUGCAUAUCUCAGGACUUAUUUUUUUCCUCAAAGCCACAAACACACACACACACACACACACACUACAGAAAGUCCAUGCACGGAUAUCAGAAGACACUUUUUGUAUUUAAGGACAAAACCUCCCGCGUCUCUUCAUGAUUGUAGUUUAUAUAUUAUAUACUGUAUAUAUAUAUAUAUAUAUAUAUACAUAUAUAUAUAUUGCCAAGUUUGUGCUAGACUGGGUGGAUAAAUGGAUACAACUGUGAAACAAACUCUUGACAAACAAGAAGGCUGCUAAACCCACUUCCCUCCCUGUGUCCAGACCCCUCUCUUUCUCCCUUAAUUCAAUAUUUGGGCUUUAUACCCAAGUUUUUUUGGGGGGGGAAAGUGCCCUGCAAUUAUAUCUGUUUCCUACUUUAACUCUCAUGGAACUCUUUCCCGAAUCUUUGUACUCAAGCAAAUGGAGAACCGUAAACGAUAGACUUUGGGCUGACAAAGGCGGCCCGUCCUCAGACUAGCUCUUAUCCACUGGAGAAGCUGGUUGAAGUGGCUUAACUCCUCACACUCUGCAGUAUUCCAAAAUGGCACACAGGAUAAACACAACUUUUACUGCUUAUAUUUUUUUAAUUUAUUUACGUGUCUUUCUUUUCUUCUCUUCUCCCAUUUCUUGGGAGGGGCAAGUUUUCACAUUUUCAGCUGAAGGAUAUUUAAACUUUUCAGAAACAUGUUGGUGAACGAGUUCCUCAGAUUGACCAAUAGCUGCUUCUUUGGUAUAUUUUAGUGGGUAUAGAAGAUUAAAAAUUAUAUAUGUGUAUAUAUACAUAUAUAUAUAUAUAUA